UCUACAAGGUGCCACCCUUUUCCACACCUCCUGCCUCCUCCUUAAGUGACUCAGCCUCUGAAGCAGAAGUCUCUUGACUUUUCAGGCAGCUGGAUGGAGAGCAACAGUUCAGCUCUCGGUCUGCUUUGAUUGUAACUCACUUCCAGGUAUCUUCAGGUUGACUUACCAUACUGAACCAACUAGGACAUCGACUUCUACCAUAUAUAGAUUCCUACAGAAAGACACUCCACUGAAGAAAAUGUCAGCCUUCAGCAUACGAAAGCAGUCUCCUAAUCAAGGUGAUAAUAAGAGCCCUUCUGUUGCAAUGAAAAGCAGACAGCAAGCUAAUCAUGAUGUUAACAAACGACGGACCCUUUUGCAAGAUAACAGUUGGAUAAAGAAGAGACCUGAAGAGGAAAGUGCUGAUGAAAACUAUGGAAGGGCUGUUCUUAAUCAAUACAAAUCCCAAGAUAGCCUACACAGUGCAAAUGAAAAGGAAGAUCAGAAAACUGUACUUGGACGAUACAGAUCUGAUACUAACUUGGACAGAAUUCCAGGCGGUAAUGAUAUCGACAAAAUAAAUAAGCCUCUCACUCUGAAUAAUAAGCAAAACAAUAGACAGUCUUGGACUCCUAAUGCAUCAUCUGCAAACACUCCUGUCACUUCUCCAAUCAAGAAAAAAAGACAAUCUUGGAUGCCUCCCCCAGUUUCAAGUAAUAAGACCGUGACAGAAACAGUAGAACUCAAACGUGCCACUUCAUCAGAAAAUUUGAAUGAUCCAACAAGUGAUGCUUUUUCAUCAGAACAAGUCACCCCUCAAAAAUCAAAGACUUACAUAGAUGAUCAAGCUACAGCAAGCAAUCAAGAACUUAAUGACCCCAUCAAAGUGAAUCCACAGUCUUUCACAAGCAACAAGGAAGUGAAAGACUUUGAGGAUUUAACUGAAAUAAAUGCUGCUGCUCAGAAAAAUAAGAGAGACAAGGACCUUGGUGAUCACAUGGAAGUGAAGUCUCCUGAUGACCAAAGUAAGGAAGUAAAGUCUCCUGAUGACCAAAGUAAAAAAGGCAUAACUAAACAAAUAUAUGAAAAUCCUCCAAGUGCUCCAAAUAAUGUCCCAGAAGCAACCUACCUCAGUGACAGCAGAAGAAAGAGCAGAAAUUCAUCACAUCAUGCCUAUGACGAAAAUAUAACUGGAAAUACUAUCCAAACUGUUUAUUCUACUUCUGAUCAGAGUAUUAUUGGGAAAGAUAUAUGUACAUACUGCAGGAAGCCCUUGGGCACAGAUGCCAAAAUGAUCUUAGAUGCCUUGCAAAUUUGCUGUCAUUCAACUUGCUUCAAGUGUGAAGUAUGCAAAAGACCACUGGAAGAUCUGAAAGCAGGAGACAGUGUUUGGAUUUACAGACAAACUGUGCAUUGUGAGCCUUGCUACACCAAAAUCAAGGAAAAGUGGAUCUACUAACUUUGAAAUACAGAAAGUAAAACAAAGAAGUCCCACUAGUGUUUAAUUAAGUGUUAGUUAGUUCAAACUGCUGCGAAACACAAUCAAUUUUUACUUCUAGAAAUAAAUGCUCUACUGCAUGGCUCUCAAAGGAAUGAAUUCCAUGAGAAUUGAGAUGCCUUUUCGUACACACAUUCCAGAAAGCAAACCAAGAUAUUGUUCAGUAUAUCAUCAGAUAUGUGAAACUGCUGAACUGUAUGUAAAACUAGUGAUAAUUUAUUGAAAUGUUCUGAAUAGUAGGACAUACACAUCAGUUCUGAAGGCUAUUAAUUCUAUUAAUUGUAACCACAUCUCCUUGUAAAUAAGAAACUGUUGUCUUUGUGAAGCAUGAAAGGAAUUCAUCUCAUUUACAAUUAGCCAUCUAGAAGUCAGUUAUUCAGUUUAAACUACUGGUUUCAUAUAGAGUGUGGCGGGUUCUUCUUCAUGCUUUGAAAACAGACAUGAAUCUCCAAAAGAUUCUUCCCAAAUAUAAUGAUAAUUUUAAGAUGGAACAAAUACAUUUAGAGAACACAUCUCUCUUUAAUAACAGCAGAGGCAUUAUUAAAAAAAAAACCAAAAAACUAUUAGUUGAGUUGUCACAGUAGUAUCCCAUUCCAUGUCUUUAAUCCUGGUUAGCAUUGUAUUACCAAUUUUUUUUUUUCCUUCAUAGGUGUUGUGAAGUCACAGAAUAUGUACUUUGCCAGACAUUUUGUUGUAUCUGUCUUUUCUACUCUAUUAAGCUGCCUGUCUAAAUAGCUGGGAUGGGUUAAUCUCUUAUAAAUUCAAACAUCUUCAGUGAGGAAGUAGAUAAUUUUAGGAAGUGGUUGGUCAGAUUGAAAGUAUCUAUUUUUUGACGAGGCUAGCCAAGUUAUGAACAGUUGUUUUACUUUCCACUGUUUACAAAGGAACCUGGGGUAAAUAGUUCCAAUCUCUAGACAUUGACAACAGGACAGAUGACCUCCUUCUUUUGAGUUGAAAGCUUUUUAUUUUUGGACAGUGUAUAUCUGUUGAAAUAAGAAACUGAAAUAAGAGUUCAUUUUCUGUUAGGUUUCUGCAGCACUUAAUUGUUAUUUGUCUUAAUUGCCUAAAAUAAUUAUUUCAGUGGUUUACUGGAAAAAAAAAAAAAAAAAAAAAAAACAACCACAGGCAUCAACUGCUAUUCUAUAUUUUGAGGUGUUUUAGAUCACAGUAUUCAGAAAUAAUUUUCCUCCCUUACCUCUCAGCUGAAAAGGACUUCUAAGGUAUGACUGUGACAGAGUUGAGUGCUUGGAAGCUGCUGGACCUGAGCAGAGCUUAGAAAACUGAAAAGUGCCAAAUCCAUAGAUUAAAGUUAGACUGCUGAGUGUCUGUCACUGCCAAAUUUCCUCUUCUUGUUUGCACUUGCUCUAGUGGAGGCAGGAGGUAAGAAUUUCUGUGUGAUUUAAACCCCCAAGUGGAUACAAUGCAGUCUGUUUGUCCUAGCAUGAAGUGUGUAUAUACAGUUGUAUGAAAAAGAGUCAUGUAACAGUAGAUAAUUUAAUUAUUUUCCUGAAAAAUAUGAAUUAAUGACAGUAGCUUUAGAAAAUCUGUUAUUAUCUGUCCUCCACUAUCUCUAUUUCUGUUGUGUGCCCAUUGCUGAUAACAUGCUUUAGUUAAACUAUUAUCAAUAUUAUCCUGUGUUUUACUGGUGUAAUAAGACCUGCACAACUGGUAGAGAAAAUUCAUAGAAUUGUUUUAAUAAUGGGUGACAAAUUUGGUCCUGUUCAGAGACCAAGAGUUAUUCCUAAGGCUGAAUUACAAUGGAAGUUGCUGGAUAUUCACCUGAGCCAACACAUCAGAAUCCAGUACAUCCUAGUGUUUGAGAAACCAGGAGAAAACUCUGGUUCCAAAUAUCUGCUACUUAAAUGCUCACUGACAGAGAAGUAGCAAUACAGAAACAAUAAAGAAUAAUUGUCUUCUCAUUAAUUCAUCCUUUCUGAACAGCCCUGGCUAUUUUGCCAUGUGGAUUGAUUAUUUUUUAUUUUUUAUUUUUUGUUAUUAUUGUAUGUUGUAAUUUUCCUGAAAAGAAACACUGGUUUUGUGAUGUGUGAUAUUUCCCAUAUAAAAGCACAGAUAGCUGUACUCAUUAAAGAAAAAAAAUCAUAUUAACAUCUCAAUAGUGAUGUAUCAAAACAUAAUUGUUUUUUGUCCUUUUUGCAUAUCAUUAGCAUGUGGUAUUUUAUUUCUCUUUGACUGGUACUUCCAUGAAACCAUUGAAACAAGCAGUUUGCUGACAGCUGUUUUAAUGAAUGUGUUAUCUUCAAUAAUGCAUUAAAUUAGACUAGAAAGCUGUAUUGAGAGGUGAUGUACUAAAUUAUGUGGGAUUUUGUGAUUCAUCAGGCCCAUUUUCUCAGUAUCUAAUGGAUACUUUCUUUUGCAAAUCUUGAGCAUAGCUCUACAGGGGAAAAGUUCAUUCAUGCGUAUAGAUAUGUAGAUAGCAUCAAAACUACUGAUAUUUACAAGUAGAAGGAGUGUCACAAGAACUGUUUCACUGUUGUACUGUAUUCUGUAUUCUGCUGUAUCUUAUGGGUUCUUACAGAACACUCAAUCUUUGCUUGAAGCAAAGUGACAAACACAUUAAUAUUGUCUUCUAGUCUUUUUCCUCAUGUAAUAAAUGUCUGUGAGUUUGAUCAGACACAGUCUUCCUUACUUUGUAGAGCCUCAUUAGCUUAUGAAAACAUGGUCAACUGCAAAGGGUCCUUGCUUUUAUUCAGUAGUUCAGCUCGCAGUAUUUCUCCUUGAUAUGAAGACACAUGUCAUGUUGGAAGUUUCACAUGUUCAGUUCAGAACAUGCAUAAGUCACUUACUUUCUUCUCUUGAUAUUUUAAAACAAUCCUAUUAUUUGGGACAAAAUGUACUGGUUUUCCUGGUUGUUUUUGCUUUUGGAUCAUGGUUGUUUGUUGUUAAUAGUAACUACUUUUACUCUAGGAGACAGUUCGAGCUUCCAGUCAAAUAAGUAUCAGACUACAAGAGAGAAAUGUAGCCUUUUUUUCUCCCUUCUGCUGCACCAGAUCACCUCAGUUUUCUUCACCCCAGCUUAACAGCGGAGACACACUUCAUUUCAUAAAGACAGUGGAUAAAGACACCUAAUACCUAGAUAGAUUUGGUGUACCAAACCUGAAAUUAACUAAAAAUGUUCUGUUUAAUUGCAUAACUGAUGAAUAAUCUUAGAGAUCUUAAGGUGAUUUUAUAUCUCCUUUGAAUUUGACGUCUUGAAAGCGUUGUGUGCUUUGCCUGGCCUGAGCAACUCAGUUCUUAUCUUCUGCAUCAGUAAAAUGAAGACUUAAGAAACACUCCAUGCAUUUUAGGGAGAAGAAUUUGCAGAUAUUCUCAGAAGCACAUUUAGUAAUAUCAGGCACCCUCAAAACUCAUAUCUUUUAAACUCAUGGAAGUAGUAGUGUUCUCUUUCAGAAGAGCACUGCUGAGAAAGUAGGAGGGACGUGAUAAAUUUAUCCCCCGGUGAUCACCUGUUUUAACCAGGUGGUUUAAUACUCUGGUGUGUGAAAUAAAGUAGGUUCCCAUUCAUGUUUUUGCCAUGUUCCAUGAUUUGUGCAGAGUGUAUUCUUACAGUCUAUGGAUCAUAGGUUAUCUGUACAGCUUGCACACUUGUUAUCUGUAUGCCUAUUGACCCCUCAAAAAUUACUAUUGAUUAGAAAAUAUGGAAAAAGUCCCAGAAGCAAAGAGAACAUCCUGGAAUUUCUUUGAGUCAUCAGAGUGGUGCAGUUCAUAAUUAAAAGCAGUCUUAAUGAUUCUCUGUUUAUUUCCAUUAACAUCAUGCUCCCUUCCAGCACCAUUAGAGGAGCUGGCUGCACUCAGCUUUGGCUGGAGCAGGAUAGUGAGGGAGUGGGAGGUUGUGAGUUUCAUUUGAGAGCACGAGAAAUGCCAUCAGAGGAUGAUCUCCUUUAAGCUUUGGUAUAUUCUUUGCCUUUUUUUGCUUCUGAACUCUGCUGGACAGGAACGAAUUCCCUCUGCCAUGCAGUGCCCGCCAUAGCAGUGGCCUCUGGGUGGUACUUCUGUACUUGUGAAUAUGGCUCAAGGACGAUUUCACCUCCCCUUCCAAGCAAGCUACCUAUAAUUUACUGUUUUUCAGGAGGUUUUAUACCUGUGUGAGCUAUAAAUUGUCAACUACAGUCUCUUAUCUGUGCCAAGACUUAAAACUUCUUGAUUUUGGCCCAUUAGAAUCAAUAUCUGAGUAUAAUCAUGCCAAAAGCUCUCGUCUGAGUCUUGGCAUUGCUGUGUAGUCAUUGGACAUCUGUUUAGCACUCUCAGACAGCUGUUACAGUCAAAGCAAUGGCAGCCAACAUUUUAAAACUACAUACUCUGAAAAGAAGAAAAGAAGAGAAAGAAGGAAAGAAUGGUCAUUUCUGAAAAGAAAAUGCAAUGUGUUUCUGGCUUUCAUUAUAUUUUUCCUAAUGGGGGAAUAAAUAAUACUAGUGUUCACAUAUCAUAAUACUGAAAACUAGCAUAAAAGGGAGAAAGGACUAAGAAAAAGAUGGAAGUGUUGUGCAAAGAAGCUAAUUAGGGGCAAGUAAAGAUGGUGAUUUUGAAACUAGGGGUAGGAAUUUAAAAUUCAUAGUGUUGCCAUAAAUAAUGGUGUCAUUGAAAUCAAUAAUAAAACUUGGCUGCACGAUGAAUAUUCUAGAAAAUGUUUAUCUUCACAUCUUCUGGUUCCUCUAGGGAGUAUCCAGCUAUGGAAUCUGGAAUUAUGUCAUCCUUGUCUCUAGCUCAGAUAUUAUAAUUAAGAAUGGGAUACCAGCUACUUGAACUUGUAGCACUAUAAUCCGAGACAUCCAGAUAUCUUGAGUACUAAUAUUUGAUAAAUCUACAAAAAACAAACAAAAAACCCUAUACAAAUGAGAAUGCAUUUAUCCUUUUGACAAAGUAGCAGUACAACUUUCUGAAGUAAAAUACCAGUUUUCUCCAAAAAAAUUCUUCUAUGGGAGCAGGCAUGCUAGUUUUGACAUGAGUGACAUCUGUGGAAAGCAUAAGGAAGAAAACAGCAAUACUAUUUCUUCUGCCUCUUCUGCUGCAGAGUGAGACAUGCCAGACACUCAGUCAGAAGAAAGCACGUGGUCUGGGAACUCCACUUUCUGUUUGUUUCUUAAUUGAACUUUCUAUCACAGAAUCUGAUCUCAGUAGGAACAUAAAGGAAACAGUGAAGUGGGGAUAGGAGGGACUUUGUUUCUCCUGGAAAAAAAACUGAAAAAAAACACGAGGAAAAGAUGUAGCUGAAAAGAAACCACAAAUGCCUUUGCCACAGCAACAUUUAUUUUGUGUACAGAUGGGCUCUAUCAGCAGAGGGGUGGCCACCAGGGAGAUGAUUGUCCCCCUUUGUUCUGUCCUUGUGAGGCUCCAUCCAGUACUGCAUCCAGGCCUGGGGCCCCCAGCACAGGAGAGACAAGAAGCUGUCAGAGCAGGUCUGGAGAAGGGUCACAAAGAUAAUCAGAGGGCUGGAGCACCUCUCUUCAUAAGAAAGGCUGAGGCAGCUGGGCUUGCUUAACUUGGUGAAGAGAAGGCUCCAGGGAGACUUUACUGCAGUCUUGGAAUACUUUGAAGAACGCUUAUAAUCUGAAGGGAGACUGACUUUUUACACGGGCAGAUAAUGACUAGACGAGGGAAUUAUUUUUACUGAAAGAGAGGAGAUUUAAUUUAGAUGUUAGGGAAAAUUCUUUACUCAGAGGGUAGAGAGGCACUGGCACAGGCUGCCCAGAGAAACUGUGAAUGCCCCAAAUCUGGAGGUGUUCAAGGCUAGGUUGGAUGGGGCCCUGGGCACCCUCAUCUGCUGAGCGUCAGUCCUGCCCACAGCAGGGGCAUGGAACUAGAUGGUCUUCAGGGUUCCUUCCAUCCCAAGCCAUUCUAUGAUUUUAUUAUUUCUGGAUGUUCAGCAAAAAUUUUUGCAUGAUCAAACUGAAUUUGGAUGAUAGUUCAGGCAGUUCCUCUUUGAAACCAUUCCCCUAUAUGCUAACACAAGUAAAACCUUCCAAUCAGCUGCAAAUUUUCCAUACUCUUUUGACAUUCAUUCAACUCUGAUGUCAUUGCACUCAGAUUUACCUUCUCAGAAAGCAUGUUUAGUGCUGACUGGAGGGCUUUUCACGUCAGUUUUUCCCAGAUAUGUGACAUGACCAGUGCUGAGCAUAUUGUUGUUUAGUUUUUUAACAUGGAAACUUCUAAACCAUUUUACAGUAUCAUUAUCAAAUUUUCAAGUUGUAAAAAUCACUCAGUUAUCCGUGUGAUGGAGCUGCUAACAUGGAUAAAUAUUUUUUUCCCACUCUAUUGAACAGUUGCCCCAGUACAUUCAUAUAGUCAUGAAGGCCUUUUUCCUCUGCCAACAUCCACUGUUCCAAGAAGACAAAUCAAGUUGAAAAUAGAAUUGUUGGCAAAAUGUGUGCUGUGGUUUUUUAGCCACCUAGAGGUCGGCUAUAUUUCUGUCAUUCUUGAUGAAAACCUGUAAGAACAAAACAACCCGUUCUGAUGCAGGUCAGUGCUUUCUGUCUAUGGCUGAUAAAGUAAGGGAAGGAUUGAUGGAUUUGUAAGCUAGAGUGUUUUCAUAUGGAACUGAUAAGUCAAAACAGAAAAGUACUCAAACUACAAGUGUCAUGUGUUACUUGUAGUUUAUUUCAUGUCAGGAUUCUAGCAUUAAGCCUCCGCGAAUCCAACCUGGUCCAGUCGGGGCCCAUUUAACUACGCAUUCACACCAACAUGGUGAAUAGCUAAAUGGCGUUUUAUUAUGCGUGUUAGUGGUUUAAAUAAGCCGCUAUCUACUUUGUCUACACCCCUUCUACAUAUGCAUAACACCUUCUACAUAUGCAUAACUGAGCAGGGGAGGGCCUAUCGUGUUACAUCCCGAGUGUUCGUGCACGCCUAAUACAACAGUCAUAUUCCAUCUAGAUGGAUCUACAAACUAGCGCUAUCUCUGUGUUUGAUACACAGGCAAUAUUUUGGAUACCAAAACUACUGAUUUUCUGGGGUAACUGGUCUCAUAGAAAUUUAUGCAGUUUUGGACUUAAUCUCAUGGAAAAUAUACGCUAAUAGUGACUGCAAUGUAGUUAAGUUUAAUAUUAAUUUAAUAAGAAAAAAAAAAGUAUCAGGAAGAAUCAUAGCAGGUUAGAAAAAGUAAUUGUAUAAAAACAUUGAAGUCAAUCAACAGAAAACUGAAAGUAUCAAUUAAGAAGGCAAUAUGUUUGCAGGAGGCAUUGAUUGUAAAGAGUCCACACUGUAACCCCAGGAAAAUGUUCACCUACUCCAAUACAUUUGAACAAAUCUAUAAAUGUAGCAAUAACAAAUUUCUAGGACCAGACUGUGCAUACAAAAAGUCCACAGAGGCGCAAAUGUACCAUUGUUGAACUUCUCACAGGCAUUUAACCUAUCGCUCGGAGCAUGCCUGGUGCCAAAUGAACUGGAAGCAUCAGCUGUGACAGUGGACCUGAAUAAAUAUGAAAGCUGCUCUGUGGAACUAUAAUUCAGUCAAUUUGACUCUUCUAUCAAUGCAAUUUGUACCAAUUAUAAUAAAUAAUGGUAUUUGCA